GGUCAGUGUUCAGGGUUGGACGCAGCGAGCUUUGAAUGUCAUGUGACUCACUGACGUCACAACUGCGCAUGGGGUAUAGAAGCUUCCCUUCCUGCCGAGGUCACUGCCCUCUCAUCCUGUAUACGUCUGGUGUCUCUGACUGAAGCUGCUCUAAUGUUAUCAGAUGAGCUGCAGUCUAAACCAGAGCUGUUGGUGCAGUUUGUCCAGAAUGCCUCCAUCCCGCUGGGACAUGGGCUUGUGGGGGAUGAAAGCAAGGACCUGACUUGUCUCUCUCUCCUGCCGGAAACCUCAGACUGCGCCCCGUUACUGGUGCGAGAUGCUCCUACAGAGGACGGAGAGUCAUCUAAGGUUCCUGAUACAGAAUUGCUGCAUAGCCUCCAGCUAGAUCCCAGCACAGAUUCCAGAGAUAAGAGCCAUGGCGCCCUACUGUCUCCCUCAGAGCCGUCAUCACUGCUGCAAGACCUGCCGCCCAGUGACAACUCCUCAUUCAUCCUCCUCAACCUGGCCAGAUCAGGACUAGGUUCUCCAUCUGAGCACAUGGUCUUUGUUCAGGAUGAAGCUGAGGAUUCUGGGAAUGACUUUCUGCCCAGUGAAUGCACAGACAGCAGUACGCCAUGGUUUCUGCGGGUUCAGGAGUUGGCUCAUGACAGUCUGAUUGCCGCCACCAGGGCUCAGCUAGCAAAACACGCAAAGUCCAUCAGCAAUGCUGAUUCAACACUGAAUGGCUCCUGUGAAGCCAGAGCCGCACACCCCGAGAAACCCCUUCGCUGCUCCUUCCGUGGCUGUGAGCGAUCCUUUGUGCGUCCAACACACCUGAGAUAUCACCUGAAAACUCACAUAAAUGAACGCUCCUUUACAUGUCCUGCGGAGGGUUGUGGAAAGAGCUUUUAUGUUCUCCAGAGGUUAAACGUACACAUGCGCACUCAUAACGGCGAGCGCCCAUUCCUGUGCCCUGAGCCCGGCUGUGAAAAGCCGUUUUCUACAGCUGGGAACCUGAAGAACCAUCUGCGUAUCCAUACUGGAGAGAAACCCUUUCUGUGCGAGGAGGAGGGAUGUGGCCGCAGCUUUGCCGAAUAUUCAAGCCUUAGAAAACAUCUGGUUGUCCAUUCAGGUGUAAAGUCACAUCCGUGUCCAGUAUGUGGCAAAAACUUUUCUCAAAGUGGGAGCAGAAAUGUCCAUGUUAGAAAGCAUCACCCAUUGAGGAGGGCAGAUGUUCCUACAGAGGACGGAGAGUCACCUAAGGUUCCUGAUACAGAAUUGCUGCAUAGCCUCCAGCUAGAUCCCAGCACAGAUUCCAGAGAUAAGAGCCAUGGCGCCCUACUGUCUCCCUCAGAGCCGCCAUCACUGCUGCAAGACCUGCCGCCCAGUGACAACUCCUCAUUCAUCCUCCUCAACCUGGCCAGAUCAGGACUAGGUUCUCCAUCUGAGCACAUGGUCUUUGUUCAGGAUGAAGCUGAGGAUUCUGGGAAUGACUUCCUGCCCAGUGAAUGCACAGACAGCAGUACGCCAUGGUUUCUGCGGGUUCAGGAGUUGGCUCAUGACAGUCUGAUUGCCGCCACCAGGGCUCAGCUAGCAAAACACGCAAAGUCCAUCAGCAAUGCUGAUUCAACACUGAAUGGCUCCUGUGAAGCCAGAGCCGCACACCCCGAGAAACGCCUUCGCUGCUCCUUCCGUGGCUGUGAGCGAUCCUUUGUGCGUCCAACACACUUGAGAUAUCACCUGAAAACUCACAUAAAUAAGCGCUCCUUCACAUGUCCUGCGGAGGGUUGUGGGAAGAGCUUUUAUGUUCUCCAGAGGUUGAACGUACACAUGCGCACUCAUAACGGCGAGCGCCCAUUCCUGUGCCCUGAGCCCAGCUGUGAAAAGCCGUUUUCUACAGCUGGGAACCUGAAGAACCAUCUGCGUAUCCAUACUGGAGAGAAACCCUUUCUGUGCGAGGAGGAGGGAUGUGGCCGCAGCUUUGCCGAAUAUUCAAGCCUUAGAAAACAUCUGGUUGUCCAUUCAGGUGUAAAGUCACAUCCGUGUCCAGUAUGCGGCAAGAACUUUUCUCAAAGCGGGAGCAGAAAUGUCCAUGUUAGAAAGCAUCACCCAUUGAAGAGGGCAGAGCACAGUCCAGAAGCCGAACCUCUACAGCAGAGUGAGGAGAGUCCCUGGGGAGGCGGGGAGACUCUCCUAUGAGGAUGAAGUCUCCCUCUUGCUAAAUUAGACGUUUGGAAACCUUUUUCAUUGGUUUUACUGAUUAGCACUUGUGUUCUUUGAGAAACUUUGUUGGAGACAAGUAUCUGCUUUAUGGCUGGUGCCCCCAAGAUCUGCACCACCGAGUCUUCCAGAUGCCGCAGCCCCUGCCCUCAUCAUCCGCUGCACAGAAUAAGACUCCUCCUCCAUAUUGGCAAGUCAACUAUGGGAAGUGGCAGUAAAACCCUGAUCCUGUGAGGGGCUCUACACAUCAGUUUGGCCGUGUGUUGUUGUGUUUUGUUUUUUUUAACUAGUAAAAGUCAAAAUAACUAC